AUGGCAGCAUUAGAUUAUCUUGUUUCACUGGAGAGUGAUAUUUUUGUCCCGACAUAUGAUGGAAACAUGGCUAAAGUUGUUGAAGGACAUCGCAGAUAUCUUGGAUUCAAGAAAACGAUCUUGCUGGACAGAAAGCAUCUAGUCGAUUUGAUAGACCAAUAUAAUGCUGGAUUCUUGACGUGGGAUGAGUUUUCUGCUGCUGUUAAGGAAGCUCACGCUGAACGCAUGGGAAACCCUACUAAGAGGUUGGUGAUUCCAGACCGGCCUAAAGAAGAGGAUUAUUUCUACUCCAACCCGUGGGAAUGCUUAGAACCAUCUAAUGAGGAUGAAACAUCAAGUAGCAUUUAAAACACGGUGGUGGUUACAUUUGGUUAGAAGAAAAGACUCCCCAUGCAGUUCCGUUACAUGCUUAGAGAAUACUCUUCAACACUGCAUGACCGUUGAGAAAGCAGGUUUAUCUCAUGGAGGCGGCUGUUGAAGUUCAGGGUAAGGCGCAUUUUAAUGCCCCAGAAGAUGUAGGUAGCAUUCGGGACGGGUACAUUAGAAUGUUCUACGCAAAUUAACAACCAAAUUCAUGUAUAUAGGAGCUGCACUCCGUUUGCGAGUUACAUCACUGCAGCCUGCAGUGUACACCAAGAGGGGUGAAAUGUAGAUUUGUUUAACUGGAAACUCUGGAUUCACAAAUUUAAGGCUCCAUCCCAUACCUUAGUUGGGGCCCCUUUAUACACAUUGCUUAGUUUCCUCAUUUCUUUUCCCCCUUUGUACACACUGCUGGUUGCUCUACAUUGUUCAUGUUGUGACAUUCCUGAAACUUGGGCAGUUCAUGGAAAUUUAUUUGCUAUAUAUAAUAGGAGUUUAUCUCCUUUUAAUU